AUGAGUUUUCGACUUUUUGUCAAGAAUCUCAAGCAAAUCGUUCAAAUUGUCGACGACAAUGAGACGAGCUUCUUGAAAAAUGAGCAAAUGAGCCAAAUUAAAAUAUUAAAUGAUCCGAAUGCAAAAUUGUGUAUUGUUGUCGAUUCAAGUGGAUUGAUUUCGUUUGUUGGAAGUGAAUCGGAAGCAUCGAAAAUCAUCGGAAACCAUCAAAUCGACAAUAUUCUCGAUUCCAAACAAGGAAUCGCUAUUCCCGGAUUCGUUGAUGGUCACAGUCAUCCGGUUUUUGCUGGCGAUCGUGUUCAUGAAUUCGCAAUGAAACUUGCUGGUGCAACAUAUAUGGAAGUACAACAAAUGGGCGGCGGAAUCAUGUUCACAACGAACAAAACGAGAGAAGCUAGCGAAGAUGAUCUGAAAAACGAUUUCCUCGAUGUUGCUCGAAAAAUGCUCAAAAACGGAACAACCACUUUAGAAGCAAAAAGCGGAUAUGGACUUGAUUUGGAUUCAGAGAUGAAGAUGCUUCGGGUUCUUUCAAAAGCUUCUGAAGAGAUUCCGCUCGAAAUUUCAUCGACAUUCUGUGGUGCUCAUGCUGUUCCAAAAGGAUCCACCGAAUCGGAACAAACUCGUCUGAUUUGCGAUGAGAUUUUGCCGUUGAUUUCAAAGGAAAAAUCGGAAGGAAAAUUGAAAAAUCUGGAGAAUAUCGACGUAUUCUGCGAGAAAGGCGUCUUCGAAGUCGAAUCGAGUCGCAAAAUUUUGUUGGCUGGAAAAUCAGCCGGACUUCAUGUGAAUUUCCACGCAGAAGAAUUGAAAUAUAUUGGCGGCGUCGAAAUGGGAGCGGAUAUCGGAGCAAGAGCAAUGUCGCAUUUGGAGGAGAUUUCCGACGACGGAAUCCGGAAAAUGGCCGAGUCGGGAUCUGUUGCCGUUCUUCUACCAUCAACCGCAUUUAUUUUGAGAUUGACACCACCACCAGCAAGAAAAAUGAUUGAAAACGAUGUAAUUGUGGCUCUGGGAUCCGAUUUUAAUCCCAAUGCUUAUUGCCUCGCUAUGCCUAUGAUAAUGCAUUUCGCUUGUGUGACAAUGAAGCUCUCGAUGCCUGAAGCAUUAGUCGCAGCCACAUUGAAUUCUGCACAUUCAUUGGGCCGUGGCAAAACUCAUGGUGCGAUCGCGAAAGGAAGACACGCUGAUAUUGUGGUUCUGGAGGCGAACUCAUGGGAGCAUAUCAUUUACAGAAUUGCUGCUCAUCAUGAUGUCAUCAAGAAUGUGGUGAAGAACGGAAAUGUUGUGUAUUCGUCAGCAUGA